GGUAAUGACGUAGCGUACAUGUCGAACAGUCAAAUUACUGCUGUAUACCACAAACUGGCGACGGACUAAUGGCUUACACUAGACAUACUGUGAAGAGGAUUAGUAUUGCGCUCCUAGUUGUUGGUUCUCUCAUGGUAGUGUUUGGAGUAGUGAGUCUGUUAUUUGUUGUUGUCCCUGGUUGGCCACGUGACUCCGCCGCGCCUAUAUGGACGGGUGCUCUGGCCAUCGCAAUUGGCGCUGUUGGUAUUCACUCAGCGAGAACAAAUCGAAUACAUUCCGUGGGCGUCUUUUUCAUGGUGUUCAACUUAGUGUUGAUACUAUGCUCUUUAUUCAGUCUUAUAUCUGUUAUCAUGGGAGUUAUUGAUACCGUGAAGGAAUUCGUUUUCAAGACACGAAUAGGGAGUGUUGGCAUUUAUAUUGUGGUUGCCAUUUUGUCGUUUGUGUCACUUGUGACGUCAUGUCUCGCGGUAAAUAAUAGAGAGAGAUCUCCAGACAAGGUUGUUGUUGUUGUGCACGAACCAACUGAACACACGGAAACAUCGCCACCAAUCGUUGUUGGUGAAACUUCGUACGUGUACACGCCACAGGCAGAGAUAUAUGCAACAUCGAACACUGGGGCGUCUCCGGAACCAUAUUAUCCACAACCAACUACAACUAUCUCUACGUCAUACAGUCCUCCUGACACCCCUACAUUGAAUAAUGGACAUCAUAUAUACUUUGACUAAAGCCUAAUUUAGCCGAAAUCAUUUUUAAUAAUUUAUAAAUAAGUUACAUUUCUAAAAUUGAUAUAUGCCUAAGCCUUUUUUACAUACUUCAAAUGUAUUUGUUUAAUGUGCG